GUCGUCAACUGACUUUUGUUUACCAACCCUUACCCAGAAUGCACCGCGGGUAACAGGAAGCGUUCAUUUCAGUUGGCGCGCUACUUCGAGUCGACAGAUUGCCGGUAUGAAACGAUGAACACGGCCAUUUUUCUUAGUCACGAGAGAAUUUAGCAACAAAACGCCCAUUUAUACACAUUAGUAACACUCCUGUCAUAAAUUUUACAGCGCCUGACUCGUGAAUUUCGUUAUCACAAACCAUCAAUAAGGACGGAGUCGAACUGGUAGGAAUUUGACGCUUCUCAGUUGCAUAAUGGAGGGAUUGCUCUCAGACGAUUUGUAUCGAAAUCCCCACCGGCUUUCUCUGCAUGGAAAGAUAAUCUUAUUUAUCCGCAAACGAGCCUCAGCGACAAACGACGGCGAAAGAAGCGAGUUAAUAUUCUGCAGCCUUUCGUUUGAACGGGGAGACAACGCGUUUCUGAAGGCAGCAGAUGGAGCAGCUGUCAUCAGCAGGAGAAGAUCGGAUCAUGUGGAUAUUGUAAAAUGUAAAUGUGCCACAGAUGCUCAGGAGAGACACACAACUGCAUGUGUUUUAGUGACAAAGAAGAGUGAGAAAGGACACAGCUUCCAGUAUAGUCUCCUCACACUGAGCAGCUCAAACAGACUGGAGCCCUGCAUUGAGUUUAAACUUUCAUAUCAGAUGAAGGAGAAUGUUUACAUCCUGCAGGGCCCCACAGUGUUGUGGACUCAUGAAGAUAGUGUAUUUUAUACAUCUCUGCAGGCAGGAGGUGUGAAACGGAUCCCCAUUCAGUUUUCCCACAUGGUUGCUGCAGAAUUUCCCCUCCACAAAGGACAGAUAUUUGUUCUUGGGCUACAAAACUUGUCAGAAAAAUCCUUGAUUAAGCAAUCUACAAGCCAAACUGUCGGCUACUUUGUUCAGGAUGGACUUGUGUUUGAUGGCAGUCUGAUUUUACCUCAUCCCUACAUUCGCAUCACACGGUGCAUCUUUGUGCUGAAGGCUGACAGAGUGGAUGGUGCCCUGAAAUGCACUCUGGUUGCAGCAACGUCUAAACAGCAACUUGUUUAUUUUGAGAAUGGAACAGUAAAAGAAAUUUGUCAACUACCCUUUGAGCAACCGGAUAAUAUUCAGGUUGUUGACACUGGAAGAAAUGGCUGCCUGUUGGUCAUAUCCUUUCACCAGGGGCACGUUUGUGCUGUAUGGAAGGAAACCUUUCAGAUAGCCUCCUUCUGGUCAGGAGUCAGCUCAGUCCAUUCAGAUGACUUCUUGGGAUGUGGAACGGAGCAGAUGCUGCUGAUUUUUAAGGAUCAAGGCGCAGAAGGACAGCAACUGGAAAAAUUUCUCAUCACUGACCUCUGUGGCCUUUCAUAUUCUCGUGGCCAGGACACCGAAGCACCAAAGACAUCUUCUCCCCCAGCAGAGAACUAUCUCCUCACUCUUCAGGCUUUAGAAUCCAGACUGCAGAGUGGAUUGAUCGUGCUUCAAGAGCUUCAGAGAGAAGUGAGAGUAAAGGACAGAAUUCUGCAGCAGUCAGUCCAGGUCCUGAGUGAUGUGGUCUCAGGAAGAGAGACUGUUCUCACCCAGCAUGAGCAGGAAGGCCUAACUGCUCUGUGGGACUGUGAUGAUGAGUCAAAGGACGAGGUCUUGGAUGACAAGAUGCAACACAUGCCGACAGUGUCUUCAAAACCUCACAUUGACAAGCUGUGGCAUCGUAUCACUGAGGACCGAAUGAUUGUUGGAGUGAUACUAAGUAGUGACAGCUCUCGACCAGUGAGCACUUUGAGCUUAUCCAUCCUGACAGAGGCGAGCCAAAGCUCAACGCCCGCAGUCAUCCAGACCCGGAGCCAAGUGUUCUGGCUCCCCGCGCCCUGCCCCUCAUCAUCCUCCUCUGCCUCCACGUUCUCGGAGCCUGCAGCCAAAAGAAGCAAGCAGCAUAACGCCAGCAGACCCAAUGAUCUCAACACAUGCAGACUGGCUGUGACUGCGGUGACCAAGCUGACACCUCUUUUGAACUCCGGCUGUGUCAAGUGCCGUGUCAUGCUCCAUUACAUCCAAAGACAAGAUGCUUUUGCCCUCCUGAGCAAUCCAACACCGGCUGUUCUGCAUUGUGGUCAAGUUGCAUUAGACAUUAAUGAUGAUCUCCAAUCCCAGCUGCUGAAAAACCCUCAACUCAAAACAGAUGAGGUUAGAGAGGACUUGCUGAGUCUGUUGGCAGUGCUGGAUCGCUGGGUCUUCCACAUAGACUCACCUGAUUACAGUUUAGGUGAUAUAGAUGGCUGGAUUCAGAAAAGAGUGGGCUGUAAGAAGAUAGAAGUGAGCCCUGAGUAUCUACUAUUAAAUUCUUCAGGACCAUCUGCUCUCAUGCUGCUGCGAUGGCAUCAGAUUACCCCUUUCCAAGGGGAACUGUCUGUCCAUUCCAGCCAAUUACAGAUGCUCCAGUUCUUGGACUCACUGUUGGCGUACCUCCCUGCUUCUUGCUCCAUCCAGUCGGUCAAAGGUGUAAGAGGUGAGGGUACAGCACAAAUGCUUGGUUUAGCACUGGAGAAAGAGGUGGUGUCACUCAGAGAUCAUGUGUCGUUGCUACUCUGUGAAGAAGAAGAAGAAGAAGAAGAAGCAAAGAAGAAGAGCACUGGACAUGAGCUAAAUUCUGUAGAGGGCCUUCAGAGGUGUAGGGAGGUGUGGCAGCAGGAUGUAGAGAGGACUAGGAUGAGGUUGAGCCCUCUGGUGGAUGUGGGGAAGUAUCGUAAGCUGAUCCAAAGCGUGUCUAAAGUCCAACUCGAAGGGGAUUUUGCAGCUCUCUUAAACACUCAAAGGACAUAGAACACACAAUUCCCAUCACUACAUCUAUUUCCAGCGUUGUCUUAAUGGACAGAAUCUUUAAUAGUGUCAACUUCAAUGACAAAAAGACAAUUCAUCAUGUAUGUUCUGUUCGUUUUCAACUGCAUUUUAGCACCUAGCCCCGUUGCCGGCUUGCUGUACUGAGCUGAACUGUGAGUGUCUGCUUGCUCAGACAGCCUCUUGGGGUUCCUAUCUAUCCAGCGUCUAUUGCCGUGUAGAGCCUCAGCCCAGUUCCGUUGGAUCACCUCCUGGGUUUCAUAGCAUUAAUCUGAUACUGUUGUGAUACUGCUCUCUGCACAGCUUAUUCUUCUCGUCAUGUCCCUUUUAGACCUUCUGUGUUCAAACGCGCUCUUUUAUGUCUGUCGCUGCAGCUUCAUGCGUGCUGUUCAGUGGGAGACAGAGAUCACUUUCAUCCUGGAGUGAGAAACUGUAUGUUAUGAAUAAAGACAGCAGAUGAUGGCAGUGCAAAGCUUCGUACAGCUACUCAUAGGCUGCAGUUGACUGAAAGCUUUUAGUGGUACUUUCCCUCCUGGUUCAGUUAUUUUGAUGGGGAAUGAUGUAAAGGGGGAAAAAAGUUCAUGGAGGCUGUUUCUCCUGUGACGCUGCGCAACCUGUUAGUGCUAUGUUUACAACGGCAUCCAUCCAAAAAAAAUAUCAAAUGAUAUUUAAAACAACCUUCACUUUACUGGAUACAAAAAGUCUGCGGCAGCUUUACCAGUAGUGUUGGCAAAAAUGGAUGUCAAGGGGCUUUUUUUUCCUCCCUGUGGGAAAUGAAUUUAGUUUGUUCUGAGAGCUCAACCAUCUGUUUGUAUUACUCAGUCUAAGGAGAGAUAAAUUCCCCAUCUUUUACACCUUUAAUGUCUCUGCUUCAUCGGGCAUAACUGCUACCACUGGACUCGUUGCCACAGGACUGCUCUCAAUAGCUGAAGCAAAAUACUUAAAAGUUUCCUAUUUUCACGAGUAGUUUCUGAUGUGUUACGUUGUGCUGGUAAUGCCGCUGUGGGUUAAUGAAAUGUUACAGAAGUAGGAAGUCUAUUUUUGUCAUGUUGGUGUGUAAAUAAAGCUCCAGUUUGCAGCUCUGUUCGCGAGCUCAACUUCAGCCACUAUGCAAGCUGAUCACACACGAGCACUUUUUUUUUUCUGCCGCUUUAAUCCCUCACAUGCAGAAAACACCCUCCUCCCCUUUUGGCUGCGAUACAAACACCUCUGUCACUUCUAGCAGCGAGGAAGACUUUCGAAUCCUGCACAGUAAAUAACACCAGUAAAUGGCCAGGGGGAAAUGAAUCACAUGUGGAAGGGACAAUUCAAUUGCACUGGUGUUCCCUCAGAGCCCAGACUGCCACCCCAAUAAAAUAUAUGGUUUGUCAUCCCA